AUGGCUCUCGCACAAGCAGCAAAUAUUGCCGAAAAGAUAACGGGCCAUGACGGGAGUGCCAUCACCCAGCAAGAUGUAUCAACAUUUCCUUCCGGCGGCAAAGACGAUAUGAUGAAGGCCCUGGUGUGGAUGGCCGACGUCCCGAAGCCCAAGCUUAUAGAAGACCGCGACGUCAUCCUCAAAGUCACCGGCAGCACGCUGUGCGGCUCCGACCUGCACCUCAUGCACGGCGCGAUCCUCGAGAUGAAAAAGGGCGACAUUCUGGGCCACGAGUUUUGCGGCACCGCGGAGCUGGUCGGCCGCGGCGUCGGUAACAAGGUCGAGGUGGGCAAGCGGUACGUGGCGUCGUUUCAGAUUGCCUGCGGCGACUGCUGGUACUGCGAGCGCAAGCUGUCGUCGCAGUGCUCCAAGACAAACUCCAACACGCUCGAGAAGACGCUGUAUGGCGGGCAGACGGCGGGCAUGUUUGGCUACGCGCACUUUACGGGCGGAUUUGCGGGCGGGCAGGCCGAGUACGUGCGUGUGCCGAUGGGCGAUGUGAAUCUGCUCGAGAUUCCUGAGCAUGUUCCUGAUGAAAAAGCCCUCUUCUUGUCAGAUGUGCUGGCCACUUCGUACCACUGCGUCGUAGACACGGGCGUCGAAAAGGGCGACAGCGUGGCCAUUUUCGGCGCGGGUCCCAUUGGCCAAAUGGCCGGCGUCUUUGCGCUGGAAAAGGGCGCCAAGAAGAUCAUCUUUGUCGACACGGAGCCGCGGCUGACGACGAUACGGGCGCACUUUGCGUCGGACAAGCUGGAGCUCGUCGACUACAAGAAGCUUUCCAGUGGCCUGACCAGCAAGAACACGGUCGUGACCCGGCUCAAGGAGCUGUGUGAUGGUCGCGGACCCGACGUCGCGCUCGAGUGCGCAGCUGGCGAGUACUCCAAGAGCUGGCUGCACUGGCUGGAGAUGGCGGUGGGCCUGGAGACGGACACGAGCGAGCUCCUCAACGAGAUGAUUGAGAGCGUGCGGUCCUUUGGUCGCUGCGGCGUGACCGGCAUCUAUGCCGGCUAUACGAACCACUUCAACAUUGGCUCGCUCAUGGAGCGCGGCAUCCGCCUCAUCGGCAACGGCCAGGCUCCCGUCCACCUCUACUGGAAGGAUCUGCUCGCGGCCAUUGAAAAGGGCACGCUGGAUCCCUUGCAGAUGGUGUCGCACCGCGUGCGGUUGGAGGAUCUGGACAAGGUCUACACCGUGUUUGACAAGAAGCAGGACGGCAUGCAAAAAGUGUUUGUCGAGACCAAGUUUUCAUUUCCUGCGAGCAAGGGAAGCCCAGCUCUAACGAGAUACUGA